AUGAGGAGUUUUCUUAGUGGAAGAGCCGUCUUUCUCAUCUUUGCCAUUGGUAAUGGUUUAUAUGCUUGUUGGGUUACACCGAGAACUGGGUUUUGUUCUAAGAUCUUCAUCAAAUCACUUGAACCGGUAUCUAAAUUCCCUGAUUUGAAUCGACCAACGUAUUGGAUGCUUGGGGCCGGGUUCUUGUGGAUAUCACUGUGGAUUUUCGCUGUAAUUGGGGCACUAUAUUUCUACUUCCCUCCAUUGAUUAUAAUUGCUUUGGUAUUGAGCUUGGCUUGGACAGCUGAAGUCAUGAGGAAUGUUGCUAAUGUAACAGUUAGUAGGGUAAUUGCUCUGUAUUAUCUCAGAGGAAUGCAAUCUAGUACCCAAUUUUGUUUCCAAAGAGCAUUGUCGAAAAAUCUAGGAAGUGCUUGUCUUGGAUCCCUUUUUGUGCCUACCAUAGAAGCUUUGAGAAUUGUUGCUCGAGGUUUGAAUUUGCUCGAGGGAGAGGAUGAGUUCAUGUUUUCUUGUGCACAUUGCUGUCUGAAAGUCAUGGAGUCCAUCUUCAGAUGUGGCAAUGGCUGGGCCAAUGUACAGAUUGCUACAUAUGGAAAAGGCUUUGUUCAGGCAUCAAAGGACACUUGGGAACUCUUUGAGAUGCGAGAAAUGGAGCAAAUUGUCGACUCUGACAUGACCAGUGCUAUAUGCUUCCUCACAGGAGUCUGCAGUGGCUCCAUCUGUGUCAUCGUUGUGGCCGCUUGGACUGCCACAGUGCAGCGGAGCUUCACAGCUACCAUAUCCCUCCUUGCCUUCUACAUUGGUUAUCUCAUGACUAGGAUUGCGAUGGCAUUGCCUCAAGCCUGUGUGAGCUGUUACUAUGUCUGCUAUGCUGAGAAUCCCGAUAACAGGCUGUUUGAUAAAUCACUGAUACAAGAUCGUCUCAACUCGAUAAAAUCUGGUCACGAUCUGGUUGUACCAACGCCACGACGACUCCAUCGGAUUUCGAGGUAA